AUGAGACGGUUCCUGAUCAGAGUGCCGGCGCUGCUGGCGAACAUUGGUCCCGGGUUUGACGUGUUAGGGGUGGGGCUCAAUCUCUACCUCGACAUCGACGUCACCAUCGAUCCCAGCGUUGACACUCUGAGCGAUGCCUACGGCGCCGUGUUGAAGUAUGAAGGGUCGUUGGCAGAAAAAGUGCCGUUGGCCCUGGACAAGAACUUGGUCACCCAGUGUGCGUUGUACGUGUUGAGAGCCAACGGGAUCGACCGCUUCGAGCCCGGUACCGUGAUCAAAGUGACCAACCCGGUGCCGCUUUCUCGCGGGCUCGGGUCGCUGGCCCUGGCGAUCGUCGGCGGGAUAAUGUUGGGAAAUGAGCUUGGCCAGUUGGGUAUGGACAAGCAGAGAUUGAUGGACUAUGCGUUGAUGAUUGAAAGACACCCGGAUAACAUUGCUGCCGCCAUGUUGGGGGGUUUUGUUGGUCUGUACCUUAGCCAGCUUAGUCCCGAGGAAAUGGAAGCGAAACUGGUCCCCUUGGAAUACAUUUUGCCUAAAGCUGAUACUCCCACUGAUAAAAUCGUUCGCCAGCCGCCUCCGCAAAAGAUUGGUGAAUACCUCAAAUACCCGUGGAACCCGAAGAUUAAGGCCGUGUGUAUCGUCCCCAACUUCGAAGUGUCCACCGACGACCUGAGAGCAGUGCUCCCAGAGCUGUACACCCGUCCGGAUAUCAUUUUCAACCUCCAGCGGCUCGCGGUGUUGACGACGGCGUUGUGCCAGGAACCCGUCAACCACGACCUCAUCUACGAGGCGAUGAAGGAUAAGAUCCACCAGCCGUACCGGCUGACGCUUAUCCCCGGGCUCACGGAAGUGUUACAGACGGUUACUCCCGAACUGAACCCCGGAUUGUGUGGUAUCUGUCUUCUGGGUGCGGGGCCCACCAUCUUGUGUCUCGCCACUGAAGGGUUCGACGACAUCGCUGCUAAGGUGAUGGACCACUUUAAGAAGGCCGGUGUCGAGUGUGAAUAUAAGUUGUUGGAGGUGGCCCACAACGGCGCCGUCGUCGAACACAAAUAG